AUGUCAGAAUCGAGCGCGAACGUCAACAACAUCAGCGCGUACUUCAACUCGCUGGAGGCCCCGUACUAUCACCAUCAGCCACAGCGCAACACUCAGACGCAGCACGUCGCACCGUCGCAGCCGUCGCUGGCGUCGCAGCAUCAACAGUUCCCGCAGAUACAUCAGCAAGCGAUCGCGGCCAGCAUCGACGCCGGCCACUGGCACGGCUAUCCGCACGGGAGCCUGCACAUGAACCACCACCAGCAAGCCCCGACGCCGGGCUCGCAUCACCACCAGUACGUCGAUCACACCGAGAUCUUCGCGUGGACGCACCACCAUUACACGCACCUCCCUUACCCACCCCCUCCGCAGCCGUACUCCCAAUUUCAGCAGUACCCUCAGACGCAGCAGCUGCAGGUGAACGAGUGGCCGAACAACGCCGGUCCGCCAGCCUCCCGGCAGAUCACCGGCAGCAGCAGCGAGAUUAGCCACCCCAGCACACCGUCCACCCCGUACAGCCACAACAGUAUCGGCAACGGGUUCAACCAGCAGUCCUCGGCGAACGGUAUCCCGUACGGCUCGCCGAGCACCUCGCAGGACCUCACCGUACCGCCCUCCACCAUGGGCUCGCAUAUCAGCGUGCCGUCGUCCGUCGUCGGCAACGCGUCCUGCGACGUCCUCCACGUCCCGUCCACCGCCGCGUCCUCGUCGACGUCCCGCGAUCUCAGCACACCGUCCACCUCGUCGUCGCAUCACAACGCGGGCCUGCAGUACGCGUCCAACAAUAUGAGCCAGCAGACGUCCCGCAGCGACGUGUACGCGGCGAACGCGCGAGGCCCGAGCAGGAGCCCGUUCGGCUGGAUGAGGAGGCCGUCGUACCAGAACCAGCCGAAGCCGGGAAAGACGCGCACAAAAGACAAAUACAGAGUGGUCUACACGGAUUACCAGAGGCUGGAGCUCGAGAAGGAGUUCCAUUUCAACCGUUACAUCACAAUGCGACGUAAAGCAGAGCUCGCCAAAACGCUUGGAUUAACGGAACGUCAGGUGAAGAUAUGGUUCCAAAACCGGCGGGCGAAGGAGCGCAAGCUGCAGAAGAAGCGCGACGAGCAGAUGAAGGGUGAGCAGCAGCAGACGAUCGUCAGGACGUCCGGCAGGAUAAUCGAGGCUCCGGCCGGCGUCGUGGUGCCGCACAACAACCCGGUGCCGCUGGGCCAGCACGGUCUGCACCACGGGCCGCUGGUGCACACGGCCCCGGGUCUGCAUCUGCAUCACCUUCAGAACGGGUACCCGCAGGCCGGCGGAGGACACGCGUAUCAGAACAGUUGCGUGUAUCAGAACGGGAUCAGUGCGGCGCAGGACGAGCAGUUGUGUAAGAUAAAACGGACUGAGGAACAACCAUCUUGA